GAAAGUCGCUACCGGAAAAGCAAGCGCUGAGGUGAGCGGGCGGCCGCGCUUGGCGACCGCUGCCUGAGCUUCUCUCUCCGCCCCCGCGGCUGCGUCUCCCCGAGUGUGGAGCGCCGAGGCCCGGCGCGGGGCAUCCUGGGAAUCCCGGGCUCGCGUGCCCCCGCCCCCCCGCGUCGCUCAGCGGAGCCUGCCCGAGGCCGAAGGUGUGCCGCGUGCGGGAAGAGCCGGACUCGGGAGGCCCGAGUUCUCGUCCCCACGCCGACGGCUUUUGAACCGCCGUGCCCGUAGCCAGGACUCUGCCCCGUCGCCAUCGGGUCACCGGUCCUCUAGGGCGAAAUUAGCACACCUCUUGUCUUGACUGCCUAACAAGAUCUCAAUUUUCAAGGCAUACUUACCAUCAGGAAGUUUGAAGAUAGUAUGGUCUGAAUUCACAGUGAACUUCUGAACAUCGAAGUUGUGUUGACCAGGCUGCCUGGUCGUAGGUUCUUGAUUGUCCACGAUGGGUGAGCCACAGCAAGUGAGUGCGCUUCCACCACCGCCAAUGCAGUACAUCAAGGAAUACACAGAUGAAAAUAUUCAGGAAGGCUUAGCUCCCAAGCCUCCCCCUCCGAUUAAAGACAGUUACAUGAUGUUUGGCAACCAGUUCCAAUGUGAUGAUCUCAUCAUUCGCCCUUUGGAAAGUCAGGGCAUCGAACGGCUUCAUCCUAUGCAGUUUGAUCACAAGAAAGAACUGAGGAAACUCAAUAUGUCUAUACUGAUUAAUUUCUUGGACCUUUUAGAUAUCUUAAUAAGGAGCCCUGGGAGUAUAAAACGAGAAGAGAAACUAGAAGAUCUUAAGCUGCUUUUUGUCCAUGUGCACCAUCUUAUAAAUGAGUAUCGACCCCACCAAGCGAGAGAGACUUUGAGAGUCAUGAUGGAGGUCCAGAAACGGCAACGUCUGGAAACAGCGGAGAGGUUUCAGAAACACCUGGAACGAGUAAUUGAAAUGAUUCAAAAUUGCCUUGCUUCUUUGCCUGAUGAUUUGCCCCAUUCAGAAGCAGGGAUGAGAGUUAAAACUGAGCCCAUGGAUACUGAUGAUAGCAGCAAUUGUACUGGACAGAAUGAACAACAAAGAGAGAAUUCAGGUCACAGGAGGGACCAGAUUAUAGAAAAAGAUGCUGCCUUGUGUGUCCUAGUUGAUGAAAUGAAUGAAAGACCAUGAAGAGUAUUUUUUUCUUUUAGUGAGUAACAUCAUAUAUUAGUUUAUUUUCUCUUGGGCUGUCUUAAGAGGUAUAACUAAAAAUAUAAAGGGACUUUUUCUCAGUUGAAAUGCUAUAAUAGUAAGCAUAGACAAGCAAGUAUAUUUGAGUAAUGACCAUAAAAAAGCAGAAUGUUUGCUAUUGUAUGAGAUAGUCCUAUUUUUGGAGUUGGAAUAAAAAUUUGAAGUAAUAA